AUGAACUUUGAAGACGUGGCCAUUGUCUUCUCUGAGGAGGAGUGGGGGCUCCUUGAUGAGGCUCAGAGACUUCUCUACUGCAAUGUGAUGCUGGAAGUGUUUGAACUUGUCUCAUCUGCAGGUUGUUGCCAUAAAACAGAUGAUGAGGAGGCCUUUCCUGAGCAGAGUGUAUCUGUACAAGGACAGUCACAGGUCACGGUGUGUAAGACAGAGCCAGGAACCCAGAGGACCCAUGUGUGUAAGCGGUGUUUCUCUGUGUUCAAAGACAUUCUGCACCUGACUGAGUCUCAGGCAGCAUACCUUGAACAGAAAGCCUUCUUCAAUGACACACGUGUGAGAGACUUCUGUUUCAGUGCAAACCCUCGCCAGCAACAGAGGGGAGCCAGUGGAGGGAAGCUUUGGAAAGAAGCUGUGGACAGGGCCUCAUUUGUGACCAGGUGCAGCUUCUACUUAUCAGGGCUGCCUUCAUCUAGUAGGGAGGGUGGGGAAGACUUGACAGCCAUCUCAGAGCUUCUCCAGCCCCAGGCCCCUCUGGACACUGAAGAGCCACACAGUGGCAGUGAGAUUUCCCAGAAACUUCUCAGUGCAACAGGUUAUAACCAGUGGGGUCCAUUUGAAAAUGCUGCCAGCCACAACCAGAAAGUUGUUCUACAGAGUGUCUGCAAGGGAGAAGUGAAUUAUGCAUGGAACAAAUCUGGAAAAAUUUUUAGAGGAAUCUCUAGCCUCACUCAACAUAGGAAAGUUCACACUGGAGAAAAGCCAUAUGAGUGUAGUGACUGUGGGAAGGCCUUCAGAUAUAAGACUAAUCUCAAUCAACACCACAGACUUCACACUGGAGAAAAGCCCCAUGUGUGUAGUGACUGUGGGAAGUCAUUCAGGCAUUUCUCUGUUCUUUAUCAGCACCAGAGAGUUCACACUGGGGAAAAGCCGUAUGAGUGUACCUAUUGUGGCAAGACUUUCAGGCAUAGCUCCAACCUCACGGUACACCAAAGAGUUCACACUGGAGAAAAACCGUAUGAGUGUGGUGAAUGUGGAAAAUCAUUCAGGCAUAUCUCUGUUCUUAAUCAGCACCAGAGAGUUCACACUGGGGAAAAGCCAUAUGAGUGUGCUGAUUGUGGCAAGACUUUCAGUCUUAGGUACAAACUCACUGAACACCAGAGAGUCCACACUGGAGAAAAACCUUAUGAGUGCAGUGAAUGUAGGCAGUCAUUUAGACAAAGGUGUACGCUUACUAAGCACCAGAGAGUUCACACUGGAGAAAAACCUUAUGAGUGCAGUGAAUGUAGGCAGUCCUUUAGAGGAAGGUGUACCCUCACUGAACACCAGAGAAUUCACACUGGAGAAAAACCUUAUAAGUGCAGUGAUUGUGGGAAAUCUUUUAGAUGCCAUGGUCACCUUUUUAAACACAGGAGAAGUCACAGUGGAGAAAAACCUUAUCAGUGUAGUGAAUGUGGGAAGUCCUUCAGAGAAAGGGGUAUCCUUAAUACGCACCAGAGAGUUCACACUGGAGAAAAACCUUAUGAGUGCAGUGAAUGUGGGAAAUCCUUUAGAAGAAGGAGUAACCUCAGCGAACACAGGAUAGUUCACACUGAAGAAAAACCGUAUGAGUGUAGUGAAUGUGGGCAGUCAUUCAGACGAAGGCGUACCCUCACUGAACACCAAAGAAUUCACACUGGAGAAAAACCAUAUGAAUGCAGUGAAUGUGGGAAAUCUUUUAGAUGCUAUAGUCAGCUUUUUAAGCACAAGAGAGUUCACACAGGA